GUCAAAGUUCCAGGUCCAAAGUCAAUAAACGGCUUCAGCUUUCAAGAUGAAGGACUGUAUCAGCAGCUGCUCUUUUAACCAACUGUACCAAAACGUCAAACAUGUUUCAAAAGACGGCGAGUAUUUUUGCAAAGAACUUAUGAGUGUUUUGCAUCAAAGGGCCGAGCUAGAACACACGUAUGCUAAGGGGCUCCAAAAAUUGGCUGGAAAACUCAUGAGAGCUUCCAAAAGCAUGACCAACAACUCUGUCUACAACGCCUGGUGUCAGGUGUCAGAUGAGAUGUACUCGCGGGCUGAUGCGCACAGGUCAUUGGGAAAUGCAUUUGAGCAGGAGGCCAUUCUGGAAUUACGUCAAGUCUUAGACGAGCAUAUCAAGAGAAAGAGGCCUCUCGACAAUGCCAUCGAGAGAACAGGAAAACUUGUCACGGCAAACUGGACGGAGCAACUCAAGACAAAGAAGAAACUGGCUGGACUAACGCGGGAGCACGAGGCUUUAUUCAACUUUGUUGAGAGUAAUAAACGCAUAUCCACAGAGAAAGAAAAACAAAAGAUGCUAAACCGACUGACCAAGUCAGCAGAGGUACAGACACGAGUGGAUGAGGAGUACUUUCAUACCAACAUGGAGGGUCAACAAAUGAGACUCAAGUGGGAAAAUACACUUAAAAACUGCUACCAGGUCAUCCAGGAGCUAGAGAAGCAACGGAUUGAAGUUCUUUGCAACAUUCUGACCCGCUACAACCUUCACAUGUCCAGUUUUGGGCAGACCCUCAAACAUGGCCAAAAGCAGAUAGAACUGCUAGUCCAAAGGGUGGACAUGGAUAAAGACAUACAAAUACUGGUUGAGGAGAACAACAUUGCAACAACAGACAACAAAGCGGAAUUUUUGAUGACGGAUUAUUUUGAGGAAGACAGCAAAUCACUGAUGUGCAGAGAGCGAAGAAGAGAAGCCAUUAAAGUGAAACUCCAUCGCUUGGAGGAAGGAAUCUUAAAAGCAAAGAAAGACUGCGAAGGGAUUGAAAAGUUGAUGAAAACCUACUCUGAAAAUCCUUCCUUUUCAAACCAGAGGAACCUGGAGGAGACCGAGCAGCAGCUCGAUGAGAAUACUCUGAAGCUGGAUCUCCUGGAGGCCACGCACUAUAAACUCUCUGUAUCGUUGUGGGAAAUAGAGGGCAAACCCAGGUCCUCCCACCGAUUUAGCGACUGCAUUGUUAAGUGGAAAGAUAAGGUCAAAGCCAUAAGUUUAUGUUUUAAAAGCAGGAACAGCAUUCCUUUAGGGCCACCUGGUGGCAUCUUGGUGCUACGGUACUGUUCAAGACUGCGAGCACAGUGUGGUGCAGCUGACUCGGCCUGUGAAGCUCAGCAAGAGUCCAUUCAGAAGCAGACACUCUCUGAGAGCUUCCAUCAUCUACAAAGGACCUGUUCAGACUACAAAAGAUCCCACAGCAGAGCCUGCGCCCAGUGGUCAGAUUUCCAGCAAAGUACAGUUACAGGAAUCUGAAGACGCUGUUCGAACCCCAAAACACAUGCACGGGGCAAAAGAACAUGGUACAAGUUAGACAUUUAUAUACAUCAGAUAUGUAUUUGGAACUUUGUUGUUAACAUUGAAACAAUCACUAACAAAUAUCAAAUGAACAGUUCAAAGAACACCAGAUGUUUGCACGGUGGGACAAUGCAAGGCCUUGUACAGCUUCAUUCCUCAACGCAGUGAUGAAUUAAUGCUAAAUCAAGGUACGACCGAGAAUAAUUCCCCUAACACAUCAAAAGCAAAAUGGAGAUAUGAAAAAUAACAUCAUGUUUCAUAGGGGAUCUACUAGACAUUUACACAAAGGACGAGAGCGGCUGGUGGUUUGGUGCACUUCAUGGCCAGACAGGCCAUUUUCCAGCCAGCUAUGUUGAAGAACUGCCCGCGCUAAGCAAUAUGAAAUCGACUGAAGCCUGACAUCGA